UUCUAGGCUUGGGGGAUGGCCAGUAAAAAAGGUUGAGAUGGAAUCUUGAGAUGGAAUAUUGUGUUCCAGGAACAGCCUGAUAGCCAGUAAUGAUGGAUUGUGGAGUGUGUGAAGGGGUGUAGAGUCGGACAGGACUGGAAGAGAUGAAAGACUGAGAGCUGAUGAGAUAACCAAUCAAGAAUAUGGAGGGAGAAGAAAAGAAGGCUCAAAAGACAGAUCCUGGGGGAGACGCUCAUGGGCAGAGCCAAGAUGGCAGAGUAUAGCAGAGAAGUUCAGAUUCACCAUGAGAAUCCUCUCCAACUAAUACUAGAAUAAUACAACAAAAUGAAUUCAGGACCGAAAGUACCAACAAAGAAACAGAAUAAAACAACACUCAAGAAAAGAAAAAUCCAAAAGAUCCAAGAGACACCGACCGUUAGCAGCUGCAGUGAAGACAACAGCAGCAGCAUCGGCAGCAGCAGCAUUGGCUGCAGCACCAGCAGCAGCAUUGGCUGCAGCACCAGCAGCUGCAGUAGCAGCAGAAGCAGGAGAAUGCCUGGGCUGCUCAACUCUAACACUGGAGAAGCACUUCCACUCACUUCCUCUGAGAUCACCUCCUGUGUCCAGGGCUAUGCCUUUGGCCUCAUGGCUUCUCUCACCUAUGGCAACAUGGAGGUCCAGCCUUUUCAAGGCCUCUUCGUGUACCCUCUGGAUGAGUAUACCACGGUGGUUGGAUUUGAAGCCAUCGUCUCAGAGAGAACCGUCACAGUACAGAUCAAGGACAAAGCCAAAUUAAACAAUGGCUACUUUGACUUGCACCGAUCUCAGAAUGGUAUGGGCAGGAUCACUCUGGAUGAAGACCUGGAACGGAUUGUGUUUGUAGCCAAUCUUGGUGUUAUUAACCCCACGGAAAAUGUGUCCAUCUUCAUCAGCACCACCUCUGAGCUUCAGACUCUACCCAGUGGAGCCAUGAGGGUUCUGCUGCCGACUGUAUGUGUCCCACCUGUCCCUCACUCAGAUAGCAUCUCCACCCCACAGCUCCAAGGAAACAGAAAGAUUUGUGCGCCCAAGUCCUCUGACCAAGCCAAGUCAUUGCGCCUGGUCCAGCUGUUAGACAAUGAUGUCGUCAAUCCCACGGAAUAUGAGUUUCACUUCCAACUAGAGAUCCGGGGACCUUGCCUCCUUGCAGGGGUUGAAAGUCCUACCCAUGAGAUCCGAGCAGAUGCUUCCCCAUCUGCCCACUCCGCCAAAAGCAUCAUCAUCACGUUGGCCAACAAACACACCUUUGACAGGCCUAUAGAGAUUCUUAUCCACCCCACUGAGCCUCACAAGCCGCACAUUCUGUUGGAGCAAGGGGACAUGACCCAAAUACAGUUUGACAACUACUUGAAGGAGAGAAGUGACUUUGGCAAAGGGAGCAAGAAAAUGAUGAGCUUCCAAAGAAAGAUGGAAGUAAUCAGGAAACGACUCCACAAGGAUAUCCCCCAUCACUCAGUCCUCAUGCUCAACUUCUGCCCUGACCUCCAGCAAACCCAUUACAGCCUUCGGAAGACCCAUGGAGAGUUCAUUUUCCUCAUUGAUCGAAGUGGAAGCAUGAGUGGGGUCAACAUGCACCUAGUCAAGGAUGCCAUGAUACUCAUUCUCAAGAGUCUCAUGCCAACAUGUCUGUUCAAUAUCAUUGGAUUUGGUUCCACCUUUAAGACCUUAUUUCCUUCCAGUCAGGUCUACAGUGAGGACAAUUUGGUUUCUGCUUGUAAGAACAUCCAGCAUCUUCGGGCUGACAUGGGUGGCACCAACAUCCUGUCCCCACUCAAGUGGAUCACCCGACAGCCCAUACAUGAAGGCCACCCACGCCUACUCUUUCUUCUCAUUGAUGGCUCAGUCAACAACACAGGGAAAGUGAUAGAGUUGCUGCGAAACAAUGCUUCCACCACCAGGUGCUAUAGCUUUGGGAUUGGUCCAAAAGCCUGUCCAAGACUGGUGCAGGGGCUGGCGGCUGUGUCCAGAGGCAGUGCAGAGUUCCUGAGGCAAGGAGAAAGACUCCAGCCCAAAAUGAUCAAGUCACUGAAGAAGGCCAUGGCUCCUGUCCUUAGUGAUGUCACUGUGGAGUGGAUCUUCCCAGAUACUGCUGAAGUCUUAAUCUCACCUCUGAACUCCAUUUCCCUCUUCCCUGGAGAUCGGUUGGUGGGUUAUGGCAUUGUCUGUAACUCUCAUUCCUACCAAUCCAAAACUAUUCAUCCUCACAGUGCACCACUCUCCCAGAAAUCAAGAAGCUCUGUGUUCCAGCCUUACCAGAAAGAGGAGUCUGCUCCAAAAGACUCCAUCCAAGAAGCCCUGUCAUAUAAUGCAUACCAAAUGAGCCAGGAUAUACCAGCUUUCAUCAGAGAUGCUAAUCUGGUCAGAGGGUACCAACAAGCACACAGCACCAACAAGAUUCCUGAACUCAAGUCCUUCUUCAAGACCCCCACCACCAGUGACGCCUCAACAACAACAGAAAAGCACCUACUUCAGAAAACCCCAGACCAGGACCACAUCACCACAGAACCCUGCCUGUGGCAGGUUGACUCCCAGAAUUCGAGAUGUACCAGUCCAGAAGUCCAGCUGCUCAAGACUACAUGGAGCACUCGGAAGUCUUCGAAACGCCCGGGCUCAGGAUCCUCCCGCCGCCAAUCCCAGGGCCCAGAGAAAGAUCAGGACCAGGGGGACACCAUCCCCUACUUGAAAUCCUCCUCCUCCUCUGACAGCCACAGUCUUGCGGACCAUGUGCCAGCUCACCAUCCCUUGAAGCAGGAGGCAGAGCCAGAGAUGAAGCCAGAGCCAGAGCUGAUAUCCCACUCCAAGGGACUUGCAACAUCUCAGGGCAAACAGAAGGUGAAUCCCAGCUGCUCCCUGGCCUCCAGAUUUAUCUGCAAAGCUGUGGUCAAAGGCAUGAGGAAUAACAAGCCUGUGAAAUGGGAGGUUAACUUCGACCUGGGAGUCCUUGCCCAGGAGAUGCAGAUCUCAGACAUCAAAAAGGAGGGCAAGUGUGAUGUUGACCUUUGGAAAAGGACCUUCCACCAUUUGGCUGCCAAGGCUAUCAUCAGAGACUUUGAGCAAUUGGCUGAGACGGAGUAUGAGACUGAACCUGGUCUUGGCCAUCGGUACCAGGUGAAUGCUGUGCAUACCAGCAGGGCCUGCAAUGUCAUUAGCAAAUACACAGCCUUUGUGCCCAUAGACCUCAAGACCCGAGGAUACCUGCCCAACAUGGUGGAUUACAACUACACAGGCAUGUUUUCUAAGUCAAGAAGCUUGAGGAGCUCAAACUUGAACCAGAAACAGAAGGGAUUAACUGGCAAUCUCAAGCAAGCACAACACAUCUUUAGGCAAGAGGCAGUGAUGGACAGUGGAUUCUUCAGCCUGUAUAUGGAUGAAGCCUAUUCAUCUUACAGCCCACCUCCUCAUGCCAGAACAGAGAAAAACACCCUUAAGGACCGUUCUCAGAACAAAUCAUUGUUCAAUUCAGCAUCCAAUCUUAAGGCUUCAGAUGCCAUCAAUGAGACCAGCCGGACCCUGAAUAAGAGCAAAUUCUUGACUCGAGCAGCCAAGGCUUUGGUGACCAAACCCCCAACGUCCAUCAGGAUGCAGAAGCCAAACCCAGAGGCUGAGGGCAAGGAUUAUUUGCCUCUGGUUUCUCUACAGCUGGCCUCAGGUGCCUUCCUAUUCAACCUGGCCUUCUGUGGAGCUACAGGCAUCCCCAUAGAAAAACUCAAGUGGACCUCGCCAUUCACCUGCCACCGUGUGACACUAACCUCCUGUUCCCACAAUUCCGCCCACAACAAAGACAGUGUGACCCCAGGGACCUUCCACCAUAUCCCCUUUGCUGACUACAUCUUGUCUUCAUCUUUGACAUCUCUGAACCAUUCUCCUAGCAGGUCCCUGGAAGCUAAAAAGAAGCAGGACUUAGAGCUUUUUGGACCUGAACAAGCUGGCAAGGUGUGGGCCACAGCAGUAGCCUUGGGAUGGCUGGAAAACAACUCUGCCUCCUACUUCGUGGAGUGGGAAUUGGCAGCAGCUAAAGCCAGCUCCUGGCUGGGAGAGCAGGAGGUCCCUGAGGGUCGCAACCUGGCCGCCGUAAAGACUGCAGCCCAACAGCUCUUUGUUCUCCUGCGGCACUGGGACGAGAACCUUGAGUUCAACCUGCUUUGCUACAACCCAAAUAGCGUGUAGGGUUUUUUGAGGGGUGGGAAAUUUUUUGGGCGGGGGGAGUAAAGGAGCAAUGGGAGCAUAGGAAAAAACCUUGAGGCUAAGGCCAAUAUAUUUGAAAAAAUUGUUAAGAGGACUGAACUGGGAGUCAGGAGACCUGGGUUCUAGUCCUGACUCAGCCACUAACUCACUGUGUGACUUUGGGCAAGUUCCUUCCUUUCUCUGGGUCUCAGUUUCCUCCUCUGUAAAAUGGGGGAGAUUGGAGUCUCUGAGGUCUGGUCCCGCACAACUCUAAGGUCCCUGUGAUCUCCUAAGAUCUGGUCUCUUCAGGGUCAUGAAUACUUUAUCCCACUCUCCAACCACCUGUGCUGUUGUCCUAGAAAAAAGGACUAGUGGGUCCCUUGCCCCAUCCCCAUUUCCUGACUCUACUGCUCAACCUCCAGCCUCCAGCCCUGCCAGGCUUCUGGGGACUACCCCAGCAUCUCUGGAGUGCAGGACCUAGAGUGGCUUUGCUUUGCUCUGGGAUCAUCCCAGACAUGCACAAGCAGGGUGGCAGUCCACCAGACCCCAAAGGAAUUAAUUGUAGGAUAGCUCAGCCUUAUCUCAACACUUGCAUUUUGAGACAGAGGGAGGGAGGGAGGGAGGGAGGGACAAGUAGGGAAGUCAACUUCCCCUGUAAUGAUUCUGAGAGGAAAUAUCUGAAAUAAGUUUCUCUUCCCCAACCCUUGGGUGCUAGCUCAGUGUUCACCAAUUCCCACCAACACCUGGAACCUUAGUUGCUGAUUGGCUUCCAGUCAUUGACAUCCAUAACAAAAGUGGCUUCUUCUGAUGAGAUCCACUACUCCCCACCCCGAGACCUUUCCUGAGCUUCUCCCCUUGAACCUCACCACCUCAUUUCCCUUCUCUGGGCUUCAGUUUCCUCAUCUAUAAUGAGAGUCAGACUAGAUGCCUUCCAUGGACCUUCCAUCCUAUGUUCCCACAUCCAUCCUCUUAAGUUUCCUUGCCAGAGAAAUGAGUUGAAGAGCUCUGCUCCAUCACUAAUAUUCUCUGUUCUAAGUUCUUUCAACUCUAAGCUACCAUAGUCUAAGAUCCAUUCCAGUUCUGGCAUUCCAUAUUCUAAAGCCCUUCCCAUCUCUGACUUUCUCUGUUCUAAAGUCCCUCCAGCUAUGACAUUCUCUAAAAUCCCUCCUCUUUCUGAUGAUCACUGUCUCAAGGUCUCUCCUCUCUAAAUUCUACUGUCAUUCUAAGGCCUUCUUCACAUACAAGCAAAGAAGGCUUGGCCUCCUAAAGCUGUAUUCUCUGCAAAUUAUAGCUACCCCAAGUCCUGCUCAGGAGUAUGACUCCUCUCAGAGGAAAAGCAAGCCUUCCCCAGAAGGCAGCAUUCUCAGAGAAGAGAUUUCCUUCUCUUCUGAAAGGCUUCUUAUGGAUUAAAAUACCAGUUGUUCUAGGUUCGAAAUUCAUAUAGUUUGACCAUGGCCUGUCCACUGUAGAUUCUGAGGACAGUAGUAUCCAGGAGUGGGACCAAUCUUCCAACAGGUUAAAGGAGGCCAUUAUUUUCUUCUUUGGUACUUAAUUACCUGUGAGGAGAUCUUGGCAGGUCACUUUUCAUCCCUAGACCUCAGUGUAUUGGUUUUUAAAAUGGGAUCAUUGGAUGAGGUCACCUCUCAGUUCCUUUCUGGCUCUAAAUUCCAUGAAGUUGCCACACACAAGGACUAGAUGAAGGAACCUGGUGAUGUUUUUCAUAGAGAAAAGAUUUAGCAAGGAUACCAUGGUGGCCUUCAUAUCUAAGGUGUAAUUAAAUACAAAGAAAGCAUUGGUCUUGUUCUGCUGCUCCAAGUGAACUUGUCUGUUCUCUCUCCCUAGAGGUCUUUGAACAGACAAUGGAUGGUUGUCAGAGUGGCCCAGAGGUGAUCCUGAGUCAAGAAGUGUUGGACUAGACAGCUCCAAGGCCUCUUCUAGUUUUAAGAUUCUGUAAUUAUGAUUCUAUGAUUCUUUAACACCCUCCAGAGGUACAGCAAGAGAUCCAGCUUUAAUGAACACUGAAAGAGAAGAGAAGGUUGUAAAAAGAGGAGAGACAAACAGACAGAGAUAGAGAGAGCAAAAAGACAGAAGAAAGGGAGGAGGAGGAGGAGGAGGAAGAAGAGAAGAAAGGGAGACAGAGAGUCAAAGAGAGCAAAAAGACAAGGAAGAAAGGGAGGAGGGGGAAAGGGAGAGACAGGCAGACAGAUAGAGAUAGAGAGACAAAGAGCAGAAAGACAGAAGAAAAGGAGGGAGGGAGAAGGGGAGAGAAAGAGGAAGGAGGAGAGACAGAGUCAGAGAGAGCAAAAAGACAGAGAAGAAAGGAAGGAGGGGGAAGGGGGGUGAGAGAGACACAGAGAGACACAGAAAGGGAUAGAGACAGAGACAGAGACAAAGAGACAGAGACAGAAAGAUCAGAGAUCAGUGAUAGAGUAGAUAUACUGUCUCUGGAGGAAAACUUGGGUUUAAAUCCAAGAUCUAUUCCUGAAUGCCUGUGUAAUCUAGAGCAAGUCUUCCUGAGCCAUGGUCUCCUCAUCUGGAAAAUGCAAGCAUUGGACUCAGUGUCCUCUAAGAUUUGAAUCUAUGAUCCAAUGAUUCUUAAUCUCAUUACACCUGUCUUGGCCUCAGUGUUAACUAUAAAGUUAGAUCAGGCUAAGUCAAUUUCACAAUUUUCUUCCAGCUCUACCUCUAUUAUCCCUUAUCCUUCUCAAUUGACUUUCUUCUAUCCUCCUUGAAAUAGAAUAACCAAAAUAUACCACUUUCAAGUUUGCAAAGCACUUUGCAUACAUUUUCAGACCCCCCUCCCCAACACCCCUGUGAAGCACUAGAGAUAGUCAUAACAUCACAGAAUUUAAGAAAUGGAAGGAACCAGCUGCCAGCUAGUCCAACCUAGAUUUGUCUUGGCAUGUCAUCCAUCAAUCAAAUAUUAAGCACCUACUAUGUGCCAGACACUGAAGACACAAAGAUUGAAACAACCCCUUACUUAGCUUACAUUCUGUUGGCUGAGAUAAGUACAUAUAUGAGUAUAUCCUUGAAAUAUAUAAAAAUAAAUACCACCAACUCAAUAAAGGUAACUUGUGGAGGAGGGAAGACUCAGACACUAGAGAAGCUGAGAUCAGAAAUUAAUCCUGUGGGCAGGAAGGUGGCACAGUGGAUAGAGCACCAAGCCUAGAGAUGGAACAACAUGGGUUCAAAUGUGACCACAGACACUUCCUAGACAUGAGAUCCUGGGCAAGUCACUUAACCCCAAUGGCCUAGCCCAUAUCGUUCCUGUGCCUUAGAACUGAUGCAUCAUAUUCUAAGAUGGUUAAAAUUUAAAAAAAAAAAAAGAAUAAAUCCCUAUCGGAGAAUUUGAGUUUUAAGAAAAAGAAAUUGUAUGAGGCAAUGGUAAGAAAGUGGUAAUGAGGUGAUCAGUGCAGAGACACAGGAGAUAUGGAAUGGCAUGAGUGAGGAACAGCAAGAAAGUCAUAUUGGCUAGGUACAGUUGGAAGAAGAGAUUGGGACUAUGUUGGCAAGGCGGUUAAAAGAAAACUUUAUUAAUCUAAAGAUGAGUCACUAGAGUUGAUUGGGGAGUGGUGUGACCAGAUGGGCACUUUGGAAAAUCCUUUUGGCAAUGCUGCAAAGGAUGAACUAGAGUAGGUAGGGAAACCAAUUAGGAUGUAUUUGCAAUAAUAUAAGUGAGAGGUGACAGGGUCUGAAAUAAUGUCAUGCAUAUGUGAGUAGAGAAAAGGAUGUCAUGUAGGAGAGGGAGGGAUGAUGUGGAAGUAGAAAUGGCAAGAUUCGGGAAUGUGAGAUGAGGAUAAUGAUGAGGUUACAAACUUGAGAGACUGAAAUCAUGGUGGCAACUUCAAAAGAAAUAGGAAAGGGAGCAGGUAGGUGGUUCAGUGGAUUGGGAGCCAGGCCUAGAGAAAGGAAAUCUUGGGUUCAAAUGUGACCUCAGACACUUCCUAGCUGUAUUGCCCUGAGGGCUAGUCACUUAACCACCAUUAUGGAGACCUUGCCACUCUUUUGCCUUGGAACCAAUACACAGUCUUGAUUCUAUGAUGCAAAGUAAGUAUUUUAAAAAUACGAACAUUUGGAAGAGGGGUCAUUUUGAAGUUGGAGAGAAAAUGAGUUCUAUUCAAGACAUGUUAAAUUCAAAAUACUUAUAGGACAUCAAUUUUGGAAAGUCCAAUGGGUGACUGAUGAUGUGGACCUGAAGCUUCUACAGAUUUGUGAGUCAUCUACACAAAAAUAAAUCCAUGAGAACCAAUGAGAACACACAAUAUGAAGAGAAGAGAGUCUAGAACAGAGCUUUGAGAAUAUGGUUACAGCAUGCUGAAUGCCUUACCUUGAAGAUCUACAAUGAGACCCCUUCUUCCCCAGGCAUCCUACUAUUUCACUUUGGGGCAGUUCUAACCAUUAGACUAUUUCUUUUGAAAUAUGCUUCUUUUCCAUUUCUACUAACUAUUCCUAAUUCUGUCCUUUGGGCCCAUACAGAAGAGAAUGAGUCUUCAGAUACCUGAAGACAACUUUGAUUGCCCACCCACCCUUACUCCUGUCUUUUCUAGGCUAAACAUGCCCAGUUCUUUCACUUGUUCUUUGUAUGACAUGGGUUCUAGACCCUUCUCUGUCCUGGAUGCCCUUCUCUGGGGUAAUCUCUCAGCUUGAGUCUAUCAAUAUCAACAAUGAUUGCCAGAACUGAAUACAACACUCUAGAUGGGAUCCAAUAAAGAGAAAGGACAGAAGGACUUAGGACUCUACAUUUUACAUGAGGAAUCUGAAACUCAGAUUGUCACUUGCUUAAUAUUUGACAUCUUAUGAGUUAAGUGGGAGGAUUGGAGCCCAGAUCUUCCUGUUUCCAUCCAUUACUCUAUUCUCUAUCCCAUGAUGCUUCUCAAUUAAAUAUCCCUUUAUUCUGGCCCCUCCCCUUGAGCAGACCAGGUGGGAAAGAGUCACUAUUCCCAACCAAAUGAGGAAUUUCUCGACAUCUGAAGCUACUGGUGGUCCUUGCAGGCUAUUAUAUAAGGGAACAUAUUAUAUAAGGGAACACCUUGUUCACAUGAAAUGUAGAAAGAGCAGAGGAAAGAAGUUCCAGAAGAGAUGAGAGGAGGGGUAACCCAGUUCCCCAAUUUACAAAAUGAAGUUGAAUUAUCUUUAAGGUCCAGAUUUUCACCUCUAAAAAAAAGUCCAAUCCCAUGAGAGGAGGCAGUCACAGUUGAGCUCCAAAUCCGCAAACAUGGAUUGAGCACCUACUAUGUGCAAGGCACUGAGCAUACUACAAAAAAAGCCUAGUUAAAAGUUAAAAUUUUGAUUAGUAUUGCCUCCUGUAGCCCUUCCCUGCCCUGCCCUGCCCAGCCACCCCUCCAUGCUUCGAAAUAUCCUAGGGGUCUAUCUUAUAUACUCUACUCUGGGAAGGUCCUCAGAGCAAGUUCCAUGAUACCUCACUGAGGAGGUGUACUGUGAAUGUCAUCCUAGUUCAUGACAGGCACCAGAACGGAUCCACUCAGCUAAGAAUCUAGCAUUGGAUUUAACCUGGUAAAGGAGCUAAUGCUGUUUUCCCUGAGGCUAGACUGUUGUGGCCCUGAAUGGAGAGAGGUUUUGUUGACUCAGGUUCAAUGUUGUUGAAUGGGUUGAAGGUUCUGGAGCCAUUGGCUUGAUUUACCUUUUUACUCAGCUAACCACUAGUGUGGGAGAAAUCUACAGAGAUUCACCUUCCAAAGGGUUUCCACCUACCUGGUCUUUGGACUCCCUGCUCAGGGAGUGGGGUGGGGGUAGGGGGGAAGACUUAACCAUUUUCUGUUUUUGUCCUGAGAAAUUAUUGUUGGCUGCCUAUCUUCCUUCUCAAUGACCAAGGAAUAUGGUAGGUCCAUGGAAAGAGAAGACCUUUAAAGGUCAGGCUGCACCACCAAAUACUUAGAGGACAAGACAAGAAGCAUUCCAAUAGGAGAUCUAUUUUGAUCUCUUAGUCAUCAUCCUUGACCCAGCCCAGUUGGACUCCUAAUUUAGGGGCAACUAGGUCACUUGCAGAAAAGAGCUAUCCAGGGCAAUUCCCUGCUUCCCUGGGAUUUCAUAAAAAUUAUUUACACUGACCUUGUAAAUAAGCAUGAUGAUUUGCCGGCACAUGCUUAUUACUCCCACCUUCACAUGCCUAGAGUACAAGGACAUCCAAAUGAAGGGCAUCAACUAUCUACUGGGUUUUAUCCUAAGAAAAAAGGAUAGGAGAUAGUUCCUGGGGCUAGGUUAACAUGUCCCUUAGGAUCCCUGACAAAGGCAGAGUGUCCUUCAAGAUCACACUUGUCGCUAGCCCAAAGGAACUCCUUUCAAGGAGCCAAGACCCCUUCCCCUCCACAAGCCUUGUCUCAUCGGACUCUCAUACUUCUUGACUGAUGCUACCUAGAGUCCUACUAUACCUCUGGGCUGCCCACAGCAGACAUUUCCCAAGAAGGAAUUCUGCAUCUCAAUUCCAUCCCUGGAGGGAUCCUGCAGGAAUCCCUGGAACAUGGAUUCUGGGGAUGCUAAUACUACACUCUGGAACUGGAAGCAUCCUACCGAUACUCCAGAUAGGACAACUGAGGCCAUUUCUACACUGGCACUGGAGCUGUUUCUACAUUGGUAGUGGGAUUCAUAUUCUUCACUGCCUGAUAGAGCCCACAGUAUUCUCUCUCUAGGUUUUGAAGGUUGCCUAGAAAUAACCAUGUCUAUCAGGACUUUGGGAGCAUACUAGUGGAGAAAUCAACAGAUUCUCUAGUUGUGACAAAUGACCUGAGGUGAAGGAGAUCACCAUUAUAGAGAGCUCAUGGCCCCAUUCCCCCUAAAACUGAACUCCUGUUAGCUUACACAGCACCCUGACCCUGGCCUCUCAACAGUACUGCCUCAUCCUUUCUCCCACCAAUUAUAAUAGACCUUGUUCUGUUCAGCUGCAACUGGUUUUCAGCCUCUAAUUAAGCCUCUGUAUUAAGCCUGGGCAUUACAUCACAUGGCAUUCUUGAUGAUUGUGCCCCUAGUGUCAUCUUAUUGUCCUGAAAGUGGCUUUGGUUUAAGUGACCUCUUCCCAUUUCCUCCAGUGCCUCAAGUGCCUACAGAUGUGCACCCCUGAUCAUUUUUCCCACAGCUUCAACAUCUAUAAAGCUUCCUCUUUCCUGGAGAACCUUUUGGUGUCAGUCAAUGAUCAGCCAUUUCAUCUACCCCCUGAGGAGGAGUUUCUGUUCCUAAACUAAUGUUUUGUUUGGCUGGUGGUCUCUGCCCUGCCAAGAGCAGCCAAAACCAUUCACUGAUCCUGGCAAAAUGACAGAUUGCACUUAAUAACAACUCCCAUUUCCCUAGAGUUUUGAAAUUCACAAUGAGUUUUCUUCACCAUAAUCCUAAAACAGAAGCAGUCCCAAUGUCACCAUUCCCAUUUUACAGAGGAAGAAACUGAGAUAUUGUCAUUUGCCCAUGGUUGCAGAAUCAGUAAAUAUUGAUUAGAAUUUGAACCAUGCUCUUAGCUCCAAGCCUACCACUCUACUAUAACCUACCCCCAUAUUCUGUUUGGCCCUUUAUCCCCCCAUCUCCCAAGGUGGUUGCUUGCUUUAUACACUAGUGGUACUAUUCCUUUUAGACUAUCUUUAUUAUAAUCCCAUCUCUUUGUCACCUUUAAUAAGAGGUUCAAUGGCAACAAGAUCCAUUAAAGAGUUAGUAUCCAUUUGGAACAUUUUAUCAGUUAUCAUUUGGUUUCAAGAUAGUAGACCAAAUCACAAAUCAAGUUUUAGCUCCAUCUUGAUGCUCUUCUGACUGUGUGACCAGGGGCUAGUCACAACUCUCACAGGAUUAUUGGGUGGAAAACCCUGGAUAAGGAGUAAAGAGCCCAUGGCCAUUAUAAUAAGCCAAUGAAAAAAUCACUAGGCCAGGAGUCAAGAUCUAGAUUAGUCAGAGUCCCAACUCUUCCACUAAACAAUUACAUGACCUUUGCAUCUCAGUUUUCUCAUCUAUAAAAUGGAACUAGAAAAUGGUAUGUAGCAGAAAGAGCACUCAAUUUUGAAUUACAGUAUGUGGAUUUGAAUCCUAGCUUGUCUACCUAUUCCCUGUGUGAUCUGAGGCAAAUCUUUUCUCUCCUUGCCUUAGACCUUAGUUUCCUCUUCUUUGAAGGGAACGGGUUGGACUAAAAGAUGAUCUCUAGCUUGGACAUUCUGUGAUCUUCAACACAUAAGUGGGAACCCUGACUAGGACCCCACCCUUCAGAACUAUAUUUCGUUUAUGUAAGUCACUAUCAAAAACCAUUAUGAAACAAAAAAUGCAAAAAUUCGAGUGGUUUUUAGCAGGAAUAGAUCUAGAGGAAUAGGUCAGAGGUCCUGGAUUCAAAUGAAAUCAAUAAGAAUUUUAAAGCACCUACUAUGUACUAUAUACCAGGUAUAGUAAAGUAACUGGCAAGAUUUGAACUCAGGUCAUAUGAUUCUUGGUCCUGUGCUCUUUCUACCUGAACUCUUGGGAAAAGUCUUCUCUGAGUUUCAUUUUCUUCUUCUUUAAACUAGAUAGUCUCCAGUGUCCCUUCUAGCUCUAAAUCCUAUGACUAUGAAUUAGAACAGGAAUUUCAAUUGGGUUGGAGACCACCGAACAGCCUCUAAGAAAAGCUAAUUAAACUAACAGGUUGAGCUAAGAGAUCCUUAGACUGAAUGUGCCCAACCUUUAUCAGUUUUAGCUGUGUGAUCCAGACAUCCAUUGUCUGUUAUAGAGGGUCUUGAGCCAGUUCUCUUUGCUGAGAGAGGAAGAGGUCUACCUUCUUUAUCAGCUCAUCCCAUUUGUCUUUUUGUGAGCACCAAACACUCAAUGUUGAUCUGUCAUCUUCCUUCAUCCCAACCUCGGUUUCUCGUUGCUGCUAAUUCCUCAAUAAAAGUGAACUGUGAGUGAA